AUGGAUGUCCAAGGCGUUGAUGCCAUAGAUUUCCAUCGACUUGCAAGGAUAGGCCAGAGUCUAUUGUUUAUGUCUACUGCUGAGGCUAUUUGGAAGAACAUCCUUUCUCGUUUCAAACAGGAUGAUGCUCCACGGGUUUAUGAGAUUGAACAACAGCUAAGCUCGAUUCAGCAGGGUUCAAUGGACGUUAGUGCCUAUUAUACAGCUUUGGUAACUCUAUGGGAAGAGCAUAAGAACUAUGUUGAAUUGCCUGUGUGUUCCUGUGGCAAGUGUGAGUGUAAUGCAGCUGAGCUAUGGGAACGUCUUCAACAGCGAAGCAGAGUCACGAAGUUCUUGAUGGGGCUUAAUGAGUCUUAUGAGUCUACUCGUCGUCACAUCUUGAUGCUGAAACCAAUACCGACCAUUGAAGAUGUGUUCAAUCUGGUGACUCAAGAUGAACGUCAACGAGGGAUCAAACCAAGUACUACUUCAAUACCUGUUGCUCUCCAAGCUUCAGGACCAACAGAGAGUCUUCCUACUAUUGAUGUUGUUGCUCCUGAUCACUCUGCCUUUGCUACUACUCACAACAACUCAGGCUAUCGUCCCAAACAACGGCCUUUAUGUACUUACUGUAAUCAACUUGGACAUGUCGUUGAUAAAUGCUUUCGUCUCCAUGGAUAUCCUCCUGGUCACAAGUAUAACAAGUCUUCUCAUCCCAAUGCUGGCUUUGCUCCUCGAGGACAGAACAACUAUCAACAGCGACCGGUUCAGCAGCAGAACAGUCAGUACUUUGCAUCUCAACAACAGAAUACCAUAUUGAACUGA